CGGUCGUUCCUCGACAGUAACUCACCGUCUCUUGUAGUGUGUGCAUCAUGAUCUUCAGGAUGAAGCUGGUAGCAGUAGCAGUAGUGGUGCUAGCGACUUACGCUAGCGCACAGAAGGAAGACUUCAAAUGCCCAGAUGACUACGGCUUCUAUCCUCACCCGGUGUCUUGUGAUAAGUACUGGAAGUGUGACAACGGAGUCGCUGAGCUCAAGACGUGCGGGAACGGUCUCGCCUUCGACGACACAGACCCCAAGUACCUGAAGGAGAACUGCGACUACCUCCACAACGUCGACUGUGGAGACAGGUCACAGCUUGAGCCCCCCAUCAGCACACCCAACUGCCCUAGGCUGUACGGUAUCUUCCCCGAUGAAGUCAAGUGCGACACAUUCUGGAACUGCUGGAACGGAGAGGCUAGCCGAUACCAAUGCUCUCCCGGUCUCGCUUACGACAGAGAAGCCCGUGUCUGCAUGUGGGCUGACCAGGUUCCUGAAUGCAAGGUUGAAGAGGUUGCUGACGGCUUCAGUUGUUCCACCUUCGGCAUCUCCGCUGGAUCAUUCACCCGCCACGCUCACCCUGACGACUGCAGGAAAUACUACAUCUGCAUGGACGGAACCGCCCGGGAGUACGGAUGUCCCAUCGGAACAGUCUUCAAGAUCGGAGAUGCUGACGGCACUGGCAACUGCGAAGACCCCGAGGAUGUUCCCGGCUGUGAGGACUACUACGGCGACCUGGACCUGAAGGCCAUCAGGAAAAGCGAGCUUCUGGCCGGACUCGGCGCAGGCAGCGGAAGCGGAAGGAGCUCAGCCCCCAAGAACGUCCCCUCAGCCGGACCUUCCCAAAAGGGAGGCUCAACUCGUCCUCAGGCUCAGAGUCCCAGGCCCUCCACAGCCCAGAGCCCUCGGCCAUCAUCCCCCAAGGACUUUGACGACUCUGCCUAAGCAGAAGUGAAGUGCCUAAAGACUCAGUGAUCGGUUCUCUAGAACCAGACUUUCACGACGUUUCUGUCGAAGGCGAAAUGGUUCCAAACUCACUCCCUGUUGUUAUCCUACAAUUUUGUUUUGAGACUGACUUUGGGGCCAUCUCGCGAACCAAACCAAAAUUAUUCAGUUGGUCGUAAGCACUACGGAUCGCACUUUAAGUUGCUGUGUCAAACCGUUUAUUUAAGUUAAUAUUUAAGUCAUGUAAGCAGUUUGAUUCGACCGUUGUAUGGUCGGGGCUCUCUAGUGACAAUAAAUGCUGCCACUUCACCCAA